AUGGAAGAUAUGCCUACGUUUACGCCAAGCGGAGGGCAACCACUUCUGGUUAGAGGCACAGUUCAAGAAAAUUUCGACGACAAAAUGCCUCUAACAAGUCGGUAUGCAUGGCCAAGAAGUUCGUCGUCGCUAAGUACAAGUAGCUUUCCAAGUAGGAAUAGCAAAAAUCCUUUCUUUGCGAGACAUAACCCGCAUCCACAAAGGGUAAGACAUAUGAAAGGACUUUUAGACAUUCCAGUUUGUACGGUAAUUGAUUCUGGCGUGGAAGAGAAUGUAGGAAGAUACAUGGUUUGCACUCCAACAAUCGACCAAAUGCGCCAAAGACCUUUGAAAUCCAACCAGGGAUUGAGAUUGCCAAUCAAUGCUGAUAAAGUUGUAUUCGCUAAAGAAAAAGCUGUUCCAACCAUUGGAUUAGGUAAGUAUGACGCCUUUUUGAUGUUAAAGAAAACUAUAAUGAUGUUCUAAUUGCACUUAGCAACGAUGAAUUGUUGUGAGUGAGAGAAGAUAUGACACCCCUCUUCGAUGUCACUAGCGAACUUGAAUGUCUUAUGUUGCCUUUCUUAAUUAAAGAAAUAGCUUAUUUCCUGUCGCGUUGAAAAAGUAGACCUUAGAGGUUACGAACUUUGUGUAAGUUCUGUCCUUCCAAUAACAAAAUGUUUGCGGCAUUUUUCAACAGUGACAUAAACUUCAGCUUUCAUUUAAGUGGCAUUAAUAAAUUAAAUUGAUUUAUAAAAGCUUCUGGACAGCCAAAAUUUGUGAAUGUUAAUUUACUGUCUGAAAGAAGGAUUUUAAGAAUAAAUAGAGGUAAUCUUUUUCAGGAUUUACGGCCUGGUUUUGUUUGCCUUUCACUUCUGAAUUCAUUGUGAGUUUUUAUAACUACUUAAUAAAUACAACAAUGGUUUCCCUAUUUGUAUGCGACGUUGUUCUGCCAGACAGAUCAAAACUCUUUUUUUAGUCUAAGUCAGUUAGAAAUUCAGUUUUCUAAACUGCUUUUCCUUUAUAAUAGAAUAAACGAAAGGACUUUAAUAUUUAGUUUUAUCCGUAUGCAAAUUUCUUUAGCUUGUCAAAUUGAGCUGAACAUUGCUUAAAGAGGAUUUCCAAUUAUUGUGAAACCAGAGAUAAAUUAUUAAAAAUAAUUUUAAGUGCACAUUGCUUGCUUACGGCAUAAAAAUUAGGCUUAUUGACAUUUAUAUAAUGUAUACAUUUAGCCAGGGCGAAAAGCAAUCAAGCUCUCGACGAUAUUUAAAGUUUGUUCAAACAAAAUAUAAAAUCACGUAAUAAGCAGCAAAGGGAACGAGAACAGUGAUAAAACAAUUAACAAUAGGUGUAAUUAGCAAAAAAGCAUUUUUGCACGUGCAGCACACUUUUUUUGUACAUUUCUUUGCCGUUGCUUUUUUUUAUGACUACAACGUGAAAGUUCCAGAAACUUUUUAGUUACACAUUUUUUGGAGGAAAUGUCGUAGGUGUUCUUGUUCACUUUUUGUUUCACUUCUGCUCAUUUUCACCUUGCAUUGGUGGCCGCUAGAAUUCCUCAUGUUGUCACCUCCGCUACAAAAUUUUCAUGUUAUUCUUCCAACAAAAAAUAGCUCCUUUGUUUUUUUUCUCUCUCACUCUAGAUCUCUGUCGCCCUUUUUAUUGUUGAGCUUCGUGGGCCUGCCACCUACUUUCUCUUUUCUCUGUCUUUCUCUUGCUCUAUAUUCCAAAUUUGUGGACAUGACAAUUAAUCUAAGCUUAAUACUUUAGGCAACACGGAUACAGAAACAAUUUCCACUUUCCGUUUUCGUCUUUAUUUACUCUUUAGUUGUGACACGGGUGGCUAUGUGAUUUCCCGCCAAAAUAACCUCGACUUGCGUUUUGGUUGCCAUACAGGCUGUUGAUUGAGUUAUGUUACAAUGGUAUGCCUGUGGUGUGGACGGACGGUCGGAGGCAGUUGGUGUACGGUCACAUGAUUAUCAAAUUUCCUGGGAUGGGUAGAUUUACUUGCCCAUGGUGCUCCAUUGGCGCGUGCUUUGCGCAUGCGAGAGCUCUGCUACUAGUAAAGAGGAAAAGUAAAAAAAAAAAAAAAAAGAAAAACAUUUAAAGAUGAUGUUGCCAAAAAUGUUGGAAAGAAGUUGAUAAACUAAAAAAAAAAAAAGGACAGAAAACAUUCUUGCCACAGCAGUGAAGUUGUUGAUCAUGACUACAUUUAGCCACAAUCAUGUAGGAAAAAUGUUAAGUUGCCUUAAUUUUCUUGUCAUUAGUUCUUUCUCGCUAUAAAUUAUGCAACAAGGCUUCUAUGAUGACUUUUUUUUCCGUGUUAAAUUCACUUGAUUUUCAAUACUUUUUUUAAACGUGGUCAAACCUCUGCAAUGUCCAGUGACCUUAGUUUUACAAGCUUUUCUGGACACAGGCCUGCCCAGAGGGGAUAGGCACGAACGGGACUCACAGGUCCCAGGUCCCAGGUCACAGGUCCCGUUAAGGUUGGCCACACCACCAGGGUCUACGUCCCCCACUCUUUUCAAACAGUAGUGUGGGUUCUUUUACGUCCCACAAGAACAGAUCAGUGAAAGUGCUGUGAGACGGGACCUACGGUUUUUCGUCCUUAUCCGAGAAGACUAGAAAGUCUAUCCAUUUGCAGAUGUCAUUACAAAGGCAGCACUUUCUUCUCAGUUAUUUAAAGACCCUAAGUGUUGGUCUGGCCGGGGUUUGAACCCGCGACCUCCCGGUCAGCAGACCGGCACUCUCCCAACUGAGCUAACCAGGCAGCGGUUAGGCUAGGUUAGGCUGUUGGCCCGAAAUUUCUUUCCCAGCCUACAGCCUAUCUAUUUUAACAACUGUCUCAUCGCAGUGACGUGGCCAGGAUUUCAUUGUCCCAAACACAGAAAAUUCACUUUAAAACAUCACAAGCCUCCGCGUUCGAGAAGUUAAAAAAUGCGUAGUGACUCUGGUUGCUAUGAAUUGACGUAAUCAUCCAGUUGAGUAUCCAUCAUUGUAACACUUUUGUGGUCAACUACUGCAGGGCUCAUAAAGUAAUUUAAUUAAAACCAUGUUCAAACCUCUUUGUAGGAAGUCUGUUUAUUUUUGAGUCGAUAAAUGCACUUUAUUCUGACUGUCAUGAGGUCAUCUUUUGCAUAAAUUAUCAAAUAUUAUGUUAAGCAGGAGAUCUACCUACAGUUUGCGGGAAAUUUAACUUUCUAUAGAGGCGCAAGACGAAAUUAAUGUUUCAAGAGUCGAGGAUGUGCUUACAAACUAUUCACUAUGUGACGAAAGGAGAAAUCACGGGCAUGACAGCUCAUGUAAUAGUAAUUUAUCAAUCCAGGUCGCGACCGUGUUUGCUCUCCUGCGAUAACCUCGUUUGGCGUACUUCUCAAUACUUCCAAAACAUGUUGUGAUUGGUAAUUUAUAGACUCAAGGACUUAGUAUUGCCAAGCCAUUCGAAUUUGUAAACCCAAUACUAUGUCUGAAGAUUCUAGCAAACAAACAUACCAAGUAAAUCUGGAUGGAAGAGGAAAUUGUCUCCCUAAACACAGCCAGAUUAUAUUUUGAAGGAUGGUGGAACGAUUAUUCAACAUGUUUUCCAGGUCAGCCCUAAUUUAUAGUUCGUAAGAGUAUAUACUGCGAUCUCCCUAUUUUCGCUUAAGCUUUCUUUCUUUGAUUAAACUUCAGUAAAACAAAACAAUGCAAACGUUCUCCUGCAUAACCAGUGACUCAAUCGAUUGAAGGAAAUAUCUAUUUACAAGUCGGGCAAAUUAUCCCUUCUUGCACUCUGCCAAGUCAGUCGCAGAAAUCCUGGCAUAUUAUUAAGCCUGAGCACUUCUAAGAAUAACACGUUUAAAGUAGCAUUUUGACACGCAGAAAAAAAUAGGCAUUUGUUCUAUUAAUACCAUUUCUGGUUUAUCCAGGUAGAAGUCCUGGCAUAUUAUUAUGCCUGAGCUCUUGGGAUAUAUAACACAUUUAGCAUUUCGACCCGUAGAAAAAAAAUAGGCAGUUGUUCUGUAUCCUUUCUGGUUCAGCUAGGUAGAAGUCCUGGCAUGACAUUUAUUGUGCCUGAGCGCUUCUAGGAUAUAUAACAUGUUUAGCAUUUCCACCUAUAGCUGAAAAAAAAUUAGGUAGUUGUUCUAUAUCCUUUCUGGUUCAUCCAGGUAGAAGUCCUGACAUGAUAUUUAUUAUGUCUGAGUUGCUUCUAGGAUGUAUAACAUGUAAUAGCAUUUCAACCGGUAGAAAAAAACUGGGCAGUUGUUCUAUAUCGACCUUUCUUGUUCAUUCAGGUAGAAGUCCUAGGUCUGGAUCUGGCACUGAAUUAAAUAUCAUUACAUGCUCUCAAUUUCAGUUCCAAUAACUCAAACAUGGCGAGAGGAGCUCAGAAAGUUAACAGAAGCUGCUGGCAUCAAAAGCAAGAACCCCUACACUAACACAAAAAGUUACCAGGUGCCACCAUCACGGCAGGGAUCCAGGCAAGGUGAGAGGCCACCACCAUCCAGAGGACAGGAGCUCCCUCCUCCAUCAAGAAAUGGUGAAAAGCCUCCUUCCAGGAAUGGAGAAAAACCACCAUCAAGGUAUGGUGAGAAGCCUCCAUCUAGGCAAGGAGAGUCCAGGCAGGGAGAUCGCCCUCUCCCACAGAGCCUUCCUUUGCAGCAUAUUGCUGCUGACUCUGACAGUGAUCUUACUGUAAGUGAAGACCUUAGUUUUACUUACUGUAUAUCUUACAUGAAUUUAUUAUAGCCUUCAUCUUCCUGCUGGAUAGUAAGAAGAUAGAUUAAACAAAUUUAGAGUCUAUAAGCAGAAAUCAAUAAUUAAAUAAUGAUAAUGAUUAUUUCAGGUGAAGUAUAGUUCCUAAACUAAGGAAACAAUACAUGCAUGCAUCUUAAAUAUCUAAAUUUCACCAAUAAUGCACCUCUUUACACUACUAGGAGCAAGCCUCCAUAAUUAGUCCCAAAGGAGAUCUUAAGACUUUCUGCAACGAUUAUGUAAGCCAAAUAAUGACAGCAAUGUUACUUUCUUUCCUUUUUGCUUUUGAGUCUGUCCCUGAUUGUUACUGUGGUCUCAAUCUCUGCUUAUUACAAUUCUGUAAUUCAAAAGAAUUGAGACACUUGAUUAACAUUACUUUAUUAGAAACAUUUGUAUUACACAAGAUAUGUAGAGUCUAGCCUGCAUAGCAGGCAUUAAAAGGAAAAAGGGGAAUUUGGGUGCUGGAGAGUGCAUUGGGCACGCAUGGAUGAGUAGAAAGGGAACGGUGCGGGCUAACAGUUACGUAAAUGAUGUUUCAUCAAGUUUUGCUUGUUGUUCUACUAGAUGCUGAAUAUGUUAAUAAACAUUUUGCAACCAACUCAUCCUGAUGAUAUUAAAUCAUGGCUAGUGUAUGCUCCAGAAAAAGGUACAGAGUUUUUCUUCCUUUUGAAAUACUGAACUUACAUGUACUUAAGAUCUGGUGUGAGUAGUGGUUUUCUUGCAUCAUCAUCAACAACAACAAAAAAAGAAACAGAGAAAACAGCAACGAAACAAAAUUUGUGUGAAGUUUCUUACGCUAUGUUGUAUUUAUUGGAUUAAGUGCCCUGAGCACUUGUUAAAUUUUUGGACCUUUAGAGUAGGCGCUUAUUCGAGGCCGGGUGUGUAUUAAAUUUUCCCAAUUUUCAACAAUUUUAAGUAAUUUUGUUUUGCAACAAAAUGUGUAGAUAUUUCAAAGCAGGAUGGACAUUUAUUCAAGGCUGGGCGCUUAUUAACUUUUCUUACCAUUAGGAAAGGCGGUUAUUCGAGCCUGGGUGAGUGCUUGUUCGAGGUUGAGCACUUAAUCAAAUAAAUAUGAUAUCUGCUAUCACAUAAAGCACAGAUGUGAUUAACAUUUUAUAGCUGAACAUAUCGGUAAAUAGGAAAUUUCAUAUGACAUUUUUUAAGAGCAUUAAUUUUGUGAGUAAUUUUACACGCAGUGAGUCACUUACUUGAUUUGACUUAAUUGAUUUGAUUGAGUUCUCAGACAAAAGAGCACUGAAAUGAGUAUAUACAUCGUAAAUUGUCUAUUAAGCCCCCAUCUCAACCCCCUUAGGGGGAGGGUAUACUCCCUAUGAUGGCCUAUAUGGGGAGGCUCCGCCUGAAAGGGGUACCUUUUUCAGGCCAGUUCAUGUAUAUGAAAGGAUAAAGGGAUUUCACUAGUUGAAGUAUAUCAAAGGGUAGGGAAGUCUGUCAUUUGGGUCUGUGAAAGGGCCCAAAGGGCUAACAGAUGCCGAAUUUUAUGGCUUUAUAAAGAGUAGAAAACGUUCUAUUUUUGUGAUUGAUUCCUAUUUAAAAGACAGUGCAUUUACAGCAGUUAAAAGGGAUGCAAAGUUCUAAACUAGGUAUGUCAAAGGGGUACCUUUUUUUGUGAAAAAUGGUACAUAAAAGUGUAAGGGUUGGACCGCGGGGCGGAGCCUCCUCUGUAUAAACAUUUGUGGAGUACCCCCUGGGGUCUUAACCAAGCCCCCCCCCCCCCCCGCUAUUUGGGAAAGAAAAUUAAGCCCCUUCCCCUUACUCAGCAAAUAAAGCGAACUGUUGACUCCACUGCAGUGAAGUAGAAACCGAAAAAAAGUGCUUCUUUCUGCAAACACCAUCGUCACUCUAGCAACUUUACAUUUAUCCAAACUUUUACUUGUUGUGUAUGUUGCUUCAAGAUGGUGUUGCAAUAAUAACAUAUGGAUUAUACAGGAUGGGUAAAAAAGCUAACGAAAUUAUAUAUUUUGAUUUUAAUCAGAAAAAGAAAUUGUCCUGGACAUGAUCCGUGCAGUGUGCACCUCAGACCGUGAAUUCAGGGAUGGAUACAAUGAAGUCAUGAAAUCUCCCAUGUAUGAUGAUCAGCUACUGCAGCAGGAAUCCAGCCUCGAUUUGGAUGAAAUUCAAAAAUACAAUGACGCGAAGAAGAAGGAGAGAGAGGAAAUAGAAAGGAAAAAACGGGAGAAAGAAGAAGCAGAAAAACCAAGGUACUGUAUGUGAAAGACGUUUUUUUUACUGCUAGGAGCUGUCGAACUGAAAUUCAUGAAAAUUAUUCAUCUCUUUUAAUACAUGAAGUAUUCAUGGUGUGAGUCGAUGUGUGCUAAUUGUGUGAUGACGAUGAAAUUGCGACCUCUGUAAUGAGACUCAAAAUGGUUAAAGCUUCGGUAAAAGGGUAGAAAAACGGGCAAAUAAUUAUGUUUGCGAUUUUAAUAUCACCCACAUUCAAACCUGUCUUGCCGUAAGUCAGGUUGCUGCAAGUUGCGAGAAUACUGAAUUCUGAUUGGAUAAAAUUGCGCGGGAGUCACGACAUACAGGGAACUUACGUCACUCGCUGCAAAACAAGUUUGCCCUAGUCCGGUAAAACUGGCAACUUGUAUAGCCUGUGUACAGACGACCCCCUCCCUUUGGAAAAAUCGGGAAAGGAGACUCUCUGAUUUUUCCUGCGGGAGUGGGGACGUCUGCACACAGGCUACAACUUGUACAGAUUUUUUUGAACUGCUCUCUACUUUCUGCAACAACUUACCGCCAUAGGGAACAACUUGAUUUGCCGCAAAUUAUUCGUGGGUGGUAAAAUGCUCGCAACAUCGUUAUUCAACUUGUUUUGGCAGCAAUAUUGCAAUAAGUUGCACGUUUUUUUGCUCGUUGUACCCAUACCUUAGAUUUGGAUUCAAAGUGGUGACACUCGCUAUUCUUAUCAAUGUUUUUCUCAAGGUGCUUCAGUUAGUGCUUAGCCUACAUCAGUUGGAAUAUUACAUUGUAUUAAAGGGGUAGUGUGUCGAACAUGCGUGCUGAGUAUCUUAUGUGUAGAGUUUCAAAAAACGUAGCGCAAAACUCGUGCACGUGCCAAAGAUUUGUAGACUUCUGGGAUGUGGAGAUGGUCGUUCCCUGAUUGCGGAUCCGUUAGUGUCAACCAAGCUUGCAAGACUAGUUGUUGCAUAUACCAAUAAGGCUUGGGUCCAACAACUGUGACUUCUUGAAAAUCCAUUUUUUUUGGUCUUCUUGAACUUGGCUUUGGAGUCAGAUUCAUGUUCGAACAUAGAAACCACCCCCUUUAUGUUGGAGCUUUUUGUGUUCGUCUUCCCAUUUGACCCGCGUUGUAUACACUUAAAAGCUUUAUUAUUUUAACUGAUGAAGGAUUAAUGAAAACGUCUUAAUAAAAGCACCGACAAAUAUAUCCAGCGCCGGUCGAACUGUUAACGAGCAAUGCCAUCUUCUGACUUAGAUCGCGCUUGUUAUGCUCAUCAGGAAGCUUAAGCAACGGCAACGGGAACGAGAACGUCAAAAAAGCGAUAGGCUUAAAACUUUACACGUGCAUCACUUGCAUUACACUUCUUUGCCGUCACUGUACGACAAAGACGUGAAAUUUGCUGAAGAGACGUUUUAUAGAGGACAUUAGCAAAAGACGAGAACUUUUUCUUUCUUCCUGUAAACUUGGGUGCAGCCCCUAAGAAUUCAAUUCCGGGGAAAUUCAACUAUAUUUAAGAUUUUACACAACUCGGAAUAAUCGCGAGCAAGUUUGAAAAAAGCGAAGCCUUUUUAAAGGGGCUGUGUCAUGGCAGUCCAGUUCAUUUUGUUUAAUUUUGCCAAUUACUCGCUCUCAAUCGCUAUGGAACUUAAAACUUGUAAGCAAAGAAGUUACAGGUAAAUGACAAAAUCAGAGAUCCGAGACAAACAAAUAUGUCUCCUGAGCAUUAUUUUUGAAGUUGCAAGCAGCAGGGAUCAACUUUGAAAAACUGUUAGGCUGAACAGUUUUCUAAAACCCUAAUUUCAAUCCAUUUCAAUUUUCUUCAGUUUUGCCCAUCCGUGGCAUCUGUUGUUUCUGUUAUAUUAUUUUAACCUUCCUUUAAAGAUUUAAACGCUUAGUUUUAUGUUUCUCUUAAUUUAACGGGCAUUUUGUAAUUUCUUAAUUUUGCUGAAUUUCGUGACACAGCUCCUUUAAUGAGUGACGUUUUCACUGCCUUAGUCGUUGUCGUUGCUAAAGCUCCCUAUGUAAUACAGUCAACACUCUCCUCUUAAGCCCCGUGCAAACGGGCGCAUCAAUAUUGGCACAACUUUCUUGUUCGUAAUUUUCUAUACUAGCCGAUUUGAUCUUUUCUCUGGAUUUCCAUUUUCGGAAACAAGAAAGGAUAAUUCUCUUUUUUGUUAGAGACAUACAGUGAUUACUGAUCACAGCCUUAAAUCUUGUCUCUGCUGACAUUUCUUUAGUAAUACCAAGGCUUCUGUUAAAACCUAAUACUGAAUUCCCUAGCAACAAAAGGUUAACAGGGGAACUCACUAAAAACCUGCCGUGGCUUAGAGUAAUGUCUUUACAUGUAUUCCGUCUUUGCGUAUUUACCAGCACUUUCUUUUGAGCGUUCUGGUGAAAACCUGGGUGAAAGCUAACGAUAGUGAACACGCUCUCUGAUUAGAUUCAGGGGUCAAUUGCUUGAAAUCUAACGUUAGAGAUAACCACUAACAUGUGGCGUUAAAAUACAACAAGUGAUAAAAAAAAACAACAACAACAUUAACAAGAACAAAGCAUGUGUCAAAAAUAAUCACUAGACUGAGAGCAGUCUCUUAUUUUUCUUUUCAAAGUUGCUGCACGCGAACCGCGAUAAACGAGGGCAUAAGCCCAAGAAGAAAAAUUAAACAUAACGUCGUGGUUUGCAAUUGCGUCGGCUGAGAUAAGAACUAGACGGAUUUUAAGAGAAAAGGCGGGCUUCAAGCAGUCUAAUAAUUACAGUAGAACCUCCGCUAACGGCCACCUCUAUACAACGGCUACUUUAUUUUGUCCGGGCAGACAGUCCAUACAUUGACUCUUGUUUAAACCUCUCUACAACGGCCACCUACUUCUGUCCUCAAGGUGGCCGUUGCGGAGAGGUUCAACUGUACUUGGUUUCAUUUCACUUAUACCUUCACCGCCUUUUUUCCCAGAACGCCUCGCUCGGCCGGCUCAGCUCAAGGUUACACCCAGUAUGAAUGGACAAGUCCCGGAUCUAAGCCCAGUUCUCCGUUUAUUGCCUUGGAGAAAAAGAAAGAAGCGCUGACUGAACGGAGCAAACCGAGGCCUGGAACGGCAGAAGCAGAAAUUGAAGGUACUUUCACUGUUUUUUUUUGAAAGAUAAUACCGCUCUUCUUGAAUUAACGGAAAGUAUGUCAAUCCAGAGUCACUCUGAGCUCAAUUUUGGAUAGCUGUUAACAACAAAAAAAUUGUGAUUUCAAGCCAGUCUCCAGUAGCUGGCGGUUUUGUUUGUCGAAAUGAGCGGCGAAGCCGCAAGGAUAAUGGGGCGGGAACAACGAUAAACCGGUUUGUUUUCGUUCGCGCGCGCUUUCCGCGCGUUUUUCGCAGCUCUUUUCCCUCCCGCCAAACAAAGCGCCAGCGACCCAGGCUAGUCAGCCUCAAGGUUGGUCGCAAAAAAAAAAGGAAAAACUCGUUAGUGAAAAACGAACUGGUAGAUAUGUAACCUUAGUGCCAAGUGACGAAAGAUUUAGGGUCCUAUUUCACUGGACAAAAAGCCUUGAACUGCUUUAAUCUCUAAAUGCUUUGUUUUUUAGAAAUACGAAGUAGGCUGCAGUCCCGCUCUUCCCCGCGUGUGUUCUCCCACCAAAGGCCGUCAGCAUCCCGACACUCCGCUCGUCCCCAGACCCAACAGAGCGUGUACGUUCCACCCGCGGAGUGCUUGGAACCCGUUGCAGUGAGGCCGCCAAGUCACCAAUCCAUCAAAUCACAGCAGGCGGUUAUUAAAAGCAUUUUGUCAUAUAAACCACAACAGAAUUAG